GGUGUCCAGGGGGCACAGGCCUGAGCUGUGUAAGGGGCCCCAAAAUCUCUGAUGGCAGCCCUGGAGGUGACAAGUGCCAUAACUCACAACCCCUUCUAGCCCCCACGUGCAGAGUACAUGCAGCUCUCCCGGACCCCCGCACUCUCCCCUCCUCUCCAGUCAGUAUAUGGCGGGGCGGGGCCAGCGUGUGUCUCCUGUCACAGACCAACGGCACCGGGCACCGGAGCAUAGUGAUGGAAGACAGCGGAGCGGAGAUGAGACCGGAGCGGCAGCCCUUGUCUAAGAACCCCGGCCGAAGACUGCUCCCCCGCCUGCUGCCGCCUCACUACUGGCUGGAGGUGAAGGAGCAGUGCAGCAUGGCCGGGCCUGUGUUCCUCUCACAAAUAAUGGUGUUCCUAAUAAAUAUUGUGAGCUCCAUAUUCUGUGGUCAUUUGGGCAAGAUUGAGCUAGACGCUGUAACACUUGCUGUGGCUGUUAUAAAUGUAACUGGUAUAUCUGUGGGCUCUGGUUUAGCCUCCACUUGUGAUACCCUCAUGUCUCAGACCUAUGGAGGAAAAAACUUAAAGCAUGUGGGAACAAUACUACAGAGAGGGAUUCUUAUCUUGUUUCUCUGUUGUUUCCCAUGCUGGGCCUUAUUUAUCAACACAGAACAGUUGCUGCUGCUGUGUAGACAGAAUCCAGAUGUUGCCAGGUUAACACAGACAUAUGUGAUGAUAUUUGUUCCUGCUCUUCCUGCAGUAUUCCUUUAUCAGCUACAGACACGAUAUUUACAAAACCAGGGUAUAAUAUGGCCUCAGGUUAUUACUGGUGUUGCUGUAAACCUUGUUAAUGCAGCAGUUAAUGCCAUUCUUAUAUAUGGCCUGAAUCUGGGAGUAGUGGGAUCAGCAUGCGCUAGCACAAUAUCACAGUUUGCAAUGUCUGGACUUCUUUUUAUUUAUAUUAUCUGGAAAAAGCUACAUGUUUUAACAUGGGGAGGUUGGUCCAGGGAUUGUUUGCAGGAAUGGGGCUCCUUUAUACACUUGGCCAUACCAAGCAUGCUUAUGGUGUGCAUUGAAUGGUGGAGCUUUGAAAUCGGAGGGUUCUUAGCAGGUCUUAUCAGUGUUGUGGAGCUGGGGGCUCAGGCUAUAAUGUUACAAUUGAUGACAGCUGCUUACAUGAUUCCUGUUGGAUUUAGUGUGGCUGCGAGUGUGAGAAUAGGAAAUGCUUUAGGAGCAGGAGAUGUGGAACAAGCCAAAACAUCCUGUAAAGUUUCCCUUUUAUGCAUUGUGUUCUUUGCUGUUGUCACUGGUAGUCUGCUGGCUGGGCUAAAAGAUGUGGUUGCUUAUGUUUUCACUUCAGACAGGGACAUUAUUGCCCUGGUUUCACGUCUCAUGCUCAUUUUUGCACCAUUUCACAUAUUUGAUGCUACAGCUGGCACUUGUGCUGGAAUACUUAGAGGAUCUGGGAAGCAAAAGAUUGGUGCAAUUACAAAUGCUAUUGGUUAUUAUCUUUUGGGUUUGCCAAUAGGAAUUUCACUUAUGUUUGCGGCAAAACUUGGAGUAAUAGGUCUAUGGUCUGGAAUGAUAUUCCCGGUCUUUUUACAAGCCUCCUUUUUUAUGGUCUACGUUUUGCGCAUGAACUGGAACAAAGCCAUGAAAGAGGCUCAAGUUCGUGCAGGAGUAAAGAAAGAAGACAAUGUACCCACAAUUUCACAAGUGGAGAGCUCUGGUAAAGGAUUUGGCAUGGUUACAAAUGGGGACAUUCACUCUUUUGACACUGUGGAACAAGGUAUAACUGCUGGUGCAGCCAUCUUACCAGAUGCCCCCUUUAAUGAAAACCAUUCAGCGCAUCUGAUUCUUCAAGAAGAUCCAUCGGAGGCUUGCAAUGUAGUUGUAGUUGGUGUCUUGUCCACUAAACAGCUUAUGCUCAGACGGGGUCUUGUUGUCUGUAUAGCCAUAAUGGUGCUGGUUAUUGGGGUCAUAAUUAAAGUUUUUACAGGUAAUGGAUAAAGUGAUUGCAUAUAGUUAAAAUAGUUUAACCAGUGUCAAGGCAAUACACAGUCUACAUUGCAGUCCUUGCUCAGAACUUCUUCAGAGUGCUGAUAGGUUACUGUGAUAUAGAAGGGACAGUUGUUUU